GCCUAUUAUCCGCUGGUUCAGGCUGCGCGCGCCACGGUGGGCACAGAACUGCGCAUGAGCUGGUGAUUGGUGGCUGCUGCGCUUACGCUCGAUGGGGCAAUAGGAGGAAGGAAUUAGCAGGUGCAGCUCUCCAAGGCAUGAAGAUUGAGAAUAGGUAUCUGUUCCUGCCUGCCUAAUAAGCUGAGGAUAAAGGUGCAAGAAAGAGCCUGAGUCAAAAUGAUCUCUCACCGGAUGGCACAGGAGACGUUCAAUGCUGUGAUGCAGGCCAGGGCAAAACGGUGCCGCGUGGACCGGAGUGACGCCAUUGACGAGGCACUCCAUCAACUUCGAGUUAACUCGCGGCCAGCCCAGCGUCCCCGAUAUGAUGACGACGAUCUUCAGGACGAUGGGAAGUUCCGGCGUAGUGACUGGAGGGAAGACCCUGGAGAAGACUAUUCCCUGCGCUCCUACAGAUCUAGCAGCCCCGCCGAGAGAGAAGAGGAUUACUACCCCAAAAACUAUGCCCACCCAACGACACGGAACCGAGAGUAUGACCGCCUGUCUUCCGUGAAACGAGAUUACAGCACCCCAUCUUCCAGAGAUGAAGAUUACGUCCGCCCAGCCUCUCGAGAACGGGACUACAGCCGCGUCCCUACUCGAGAUGCUCCUAGGAUCCGUAAGGCGGACUACACUUCUCCGGAGCUGUUGAGCGAGUUCAGGUCGCCGGGGCUCUUGGAAGAGGCUUAUGGAGCCCAGCGCAACCGGGAUUAUGACCUGGAUUACAAGCUGAAGCCGGAGCCGGAGCGAGAAUUUAGCCCUGCUUUGCGGGGCGGGAGAGGAAGGGGUCUCCGGGGGAAGCGUGGCAUGGUGGCUUCAGGCAUGCUCAGAAAGGACAUGGCUGCUCCCAUCAGGAAGUGGAACACCAAGCCUUUGUCUCUGCCGGAGGAUUCCCCAGAAGACUCCGCCAACCAGCCCAAGCCAAGACUAGCAUUUGCCCAUCGCCCCCACUUAAGCCAGAGGCCAACUUUGGGCCCGUUUAGGAAUGUCCUGGAUUCCAUGAAGAUCAUCAAUGUGAAGGAGCCAGACUUGGAGCACAUUGACCCCUCCGACAUCUUUGCCACCUUUGGGGUGGAAAUCAUUAAAUGGGCCGGAUUCAACCAGAUCAAGAGAGACCCAGAGUAUUCGGAGCUCCACCGAGUGCUCUUCACGCUGGAGACGGAGACUUGCGCCAAGAUCCUGGCCUCCUUCAAGUGCUCCCUGAAACCGGAGCACCGUGACUUCUGCUUCUUCGUUGUCAAGCGCUUGAAUCACGCCGCACUGAAGACCCCCAAGCUGGACAACAAGUUUCUGAACCUGCUGCUGGAGAAGAAAGUAGUGAUGACCAAGAACUGCUUCUUUGAGGUGAUCAAGCCUUUUGACCAGUUCAUGAUGCGUCUGCAGGACUGUCUGCUGAAGAGCACCACUCCUCUCCUGAUGGCCUGCAACGCUUACGAGCUGAGCACCAAGACCAGCAGCUUCAACGACCCGGCGCAGAUGGCCUCUGCUUUUGAGACCACCGUUUCCCUCUGCCGGAAAUCCUUGGCCCUGCUGGGGCAGACCUUCGCCCUGGCGUCGACUUUCCGGCAGGAGAAGAUCCUGGAAGCCGUGGGCCUCCAGGAAGUGGCCCCCCCGCCCACCAUGUUCCCCAAUUUCGACACCCACACCUUGUUUGGGAGAGAGUACAUGGAGAACCUGGAGAGCUGGCUGGAGACCAGUGGCCACCAGAUGCAGCUGAAGAAACCGGCCGCCGAGCCUCCUGCUCCAAACCAGCGGAAUGUUCCAGAAGGCAGGCCCAAGCUUAAGAUCCCACAACGAGCUGACCGGAAAGUCGUGGAGACGAUUGAAAAGCUUGUGAACAGCACGAUUUCUGGCACACUGACAGGAAAAGAGAAAUUCAGAAUGAAGGGAGACCCAGAAUACUGGUUUUUGCACGAGGAGGAGAGUCUGGAGCACAAAUACUACAAGCUGAAGCUGGCCGAGAUGGAGAGGCUGAUGUCGCCCGCGAAGGAAGAAAGCCAGGAAAAGAAGACGCCCGAACAGCGGGCGAUGGAAUCCGUGAGGACCUUGCUGUAUGUGAGGAAAAUCGCCAGCAUCAAGAAAAGGCUCUUCCGGCGGAAAAGGCCCGGACUCCUGCAACGGGGGGCCAGAGUCCGGAAAGUGAAGAAAUCCACAGUUGGGACCCAGACGCUCCUCUCGGCCGGGACGAUGCUGAAGCAGCAAGCCCUGAAUACUCUAGGCCCUGCCACCUUGCCUAGCUCCUCAUUGGGUGAAGCCAGGCUUCCAGAAGAAGCGCCCUCCCCAAGGGAAGCUCCAGACACAGGCAGCUUGCUGGGACUCCCUGAGAACUCUGAGUCAGCGGAGAAUGAGGCCGUGGCGUGCCAGUUCCCUGGCGUGGAUGCCAAAACGAUGGAAACAGCUGAGAAGCUGGCAGAGUUCGUUGCUCAGUUUGGCCCAGAAAUUGAACAGUUCAGCACCGAUAACAGCGCAGACAACCCAGACCUCUGGUUCCUCCAGGAUCGAGAGAGCUCGGCGUUUGAGUAUUACCGCACGAAAGUCUACGAGCUGUGCCCUUCCAUCGACUUUGAUGCUGUGCAAGAGACCAGACUCCUGGAGGGCGAGGAGGAGGAAGAGGAGGAGGAGGCAGAACUGGAGGAAGAGGGUUCGGCGGCUGAAAUGGGAGCAGAGGAAUCGGAGGAAGAGGAGGGGCAGAGCUCGGCAGACGUGGCCGAAGGCGCGGCGAAAGCGGAGGACUCGGGCGUGGCUGAGGACGGGCAGGCUGAGGGCAGCGCCCCGGGGCUGUCCAUCCCAGCCUCUGGGCUUGGCCCGGAGGCCCCCUUCCAGCGCAAGAGGAUCAGCAGCAAGUCCUUGCGGGUUGGCCUGAUCCCGUCCAAGAGGAUCUGCCUCAUCCAGGAGCCAGAAGUUCACGAGCCCGUCCGGAUUGCUUACGACAGACCGCAGCGCCGGGUGCCCUUUAAGAAGAAGUCUCCUUUGCAGAAAUCGAAGGACUUGGAAUUUCGGCAGAAUCGGCUGACGCAGAAGAACAUCGGCUUCCAGAUGCUCCAGAAGAUGGGCUGGAAGGAGGGGCGAGGCCUGGGGCUGCAGGGCUCGGGCAUCAAGGAGCCUAUCAAAGUGAACCCCACUGCAGGGGAGGGCUUGGGUGUUGCAGGGAAAAAGAACAGAGACGACAAUUUCGAUGUUUUCCGCCAGCGAAUGAUCCAGAUGUACAACCUGAAGAAAUUCUCUAAAUAGUUUUCCAGGUGCUCUGUGGUCUUCGAGAAAAACCGCCAAGAAUGCUUUUCACUUCCAUCAGUAGGGGGUGUGCCUCCUCUGUGCAUCUCUCCCCCCCCCCCCCGCUUUUGGGGAUUUGGGGUUUUUUGUUUGGGCUUUUUUGCCUUUUUAAUGUUUCUUGGAAUUAUUUUUGUUUCCCCCUUCCUGCGGCAUUGAACAGUAUUGACAAGUAGUGAACAGAAGUUUGUUAGCCGAUGACUGACCUUUCUUAAAAUGUUUAAUGGCAUAUGUAAGCCCUUUUUUGAGUCUGCAAUAAACAUGGAUCAGGAAAACCCAA